AUGCUGCAGAUGGUUUUAAAAGAGAAGGUGUUUGUUGAAGAAGAGAAUCUUUAGGACUACAAGAAGAGAAGGAAAGAGGAGAAACGAAGCAACUGGAGAGAAAAAGCCCUAUAUGGAAAGUUUGCUCGCAAAGUUCAGAUGUGGCUGCAGAGGAGUCCUGGAGAUAGCUCAAGAAUGUUUUUUUAAGGAAGGAAACAGAGGGCUUGAUCCUUGUAGCUCAAGAACAAGCUUUAAGAACAAAUUCGGUCAAGCACAGCACAUAUAAGUCAUCUGAGACACCACUGUGCAGAUUGUGCGGUGAAUCCACCGAAAUAGUAUGGCAUAUUGUCAGUGGAUGCAGGAAGCUUGCCCAGAAGGAAUACAGGAAGCGUCACGCUAAGGUGGCUCUACAGGCUCACUGGGAGCAAUGCAGAAAGUAUGGAUUAAAGUGCAACGAUACAUGGUAUGACCAGAGAAUAGAGAAGUGAGGAUAACUUAGGAUAUGACUAUUUUUACCGACAAGCGGCUGAAGCACAAUCGUCCAGAUAUAAUUGUAGUACACAAAGACACACAGUAGUGGACGAUUAUCGACAUUGCUAUGCCAGCGGACCAAAAUAUCCUUACUACUGAGGUGGAAAAGGUGCAAAAGUAUCAAGACCUAGAUCUCGAAGUUAGAAGAAUCCACGGAGCCACGAGAGUGACAAUGAUACCUAUCGUGGUUGGUGCACUUCGAACUAUAUCGGUGAAUACAAAGGCCUCUUAUAGGAGGUUGAGUCUACCAGAUAUUUUUGGAAGCGCACAAUUGUCAGCCAUCCUUGGUACUACCCAUAUCUUGCGGAAAGUGUUAUGUCUU